AUAUGCAUGUGUUUCAGGUGAUUAUUCAGAUGUGGGCACGAACAGCGCAUGCGCGUCAGCUCCAGCGCGUCUCAUUCCGCUCGCGUCUGUUUGACAGGAACACAUGCGGCAUAUUCAGCGCUUAGAACUGAAGAGAGGAGCAACUCCAGGAGGUUUUGCGUGUUUGGUCAGGAUGGGCUGCUCAUCUUCCAGCACACAGACGCUCGCGCAGGAGAACCCACCGCGCGUCAAAGCGGAGGAGGCGAGCGGAGAAACUCUGCUCUCUCGUAAUGGGCUUGUAGCAGAAGACAGCGAGACCGUCUCGGAUCAGAUGCAGCUGCCAGUUCAAAGCACUCUGCCGGAUGAGCUGGGUCCCGGACCGGACGAGACGGUGGAGGCCUCAGAAGCAGAGCAGACAGCGGUCAGCGCUAGUGAUGCUCCUCUAGAGGAGAGAGAUGCAGCUGAUGUUCCCACUGCUUCAGAACCCACUGACUCCACGCCUGCAGAACCCUCUCUAGCUGUGGAACCUGCGUCAGAUCUCACCAGCACUCCAGAACCCAAGCCAGCUGAGCUAACAGAAGCUCUAGAGGCCCCAUCAGACACGAGCUCGGAGCCCACACUGGAGCAAGCAGACACAGCUCCUGAAGCGAAGCCAACCGCAGCUCAAGAACCAGGUCCAGUGGAGCGAAGCCCUGCUCCAGAACUCACUGUGUCUGAGCCUGUCCCGAGUGCAGAACCAGCUCCUGCUGAGGAACCGACUGUGUCUCCAGAACCAGCUGCAGUGGAACCGAGCCCAGCUCCAGAAUCAGUUCUGGCUCCAGAACCCUCGGCUGAGGAACCGACUCCGGCUCCAGAACCCUCGGCUGAGGAACCGAGUUCAGCUCCAGAACCCUCGGCUGAGGAACCGGGUUCAGCUCCAGAACCAGCUGCAGUGGAACCGAGCCCAGCUCCAGAAUCAGCUCUGGCUCCAGAAACCUCGGCUGAGGAACCGAGUUCAGCUCCAGAACCCUCGGCUGAGGAACUGACUGUGUCUCCAGAACCAGCUGCAGUGGAACCGAGCCCAGCUCCAGAAUCAGCUCCGGCUCCAGAGCCCACGGUUGAGGAACCAAGCCCAGCUCCAGAACCCUCGGCGGAGGCAGCAGCGAUCACACAGUCUGCAGAGGAGAACGCGACCUGCGCAGACGCUCCAGAGGUCGGUGAAGAUGGAGCUGAUCUGCUGAAAUCCACAGAACCUGAAGAUUGAUGUCAGUGUGACGCUGUGAGACGUGCCUUUUAUCUCAGAGACGUGAGGGUUUGUACAUAAAUUAGUGUAUCUAAGUAGCGUUAGCAUCAUUAGAAUUGUUGUUAAAAGCCACAGAAAUGCCUCUGAGAGCGCGGGUCCCGUGGGUGUCCGGCCGAGCGUGGGACGAAAUCACAGCAUCAUGUCCUAAUCUCCAACUGAGUCAAACACAACAGCAAUAUUAACUCACCUGAACAAACAUGAGCCAAAGCUCUAAUAACUGUGAAUCAACCAAAUUAUGCUUAAUAAUGUGUCUUUUAAUGAGACCGAAGGGCUUCGUCUCUUAUGUAUUUAGUGCAUGUUGCUCCUCAGACUGCAGAUGCAAAGCAGUUUGACUCUUUACUUGCAUUAAUCAAUGACAGACAGGCAAACGGUAGUAUAUUAAUCAGUAGUGUAUGUUGUUGGGUUAUUUUAGUAUAGUUUGUGGUGAUUCCAGAGCACUAAUAAACCUCAUCUGAUGAUCUGUGACACUGGAAGGAAAGCAGUUACUCAGCAAAUCAUAUCAGUGUGAAGACAUGAAAGUUGAGCUCUUUGUAAAAAA